AUGGGUCUUCAACAUGCGAGAAAUCUUAGAACAGUUUAUAACUUUUGGCGAAAAUGUAGCCUUUGCGGAGUUGGUAAUUUCAAACUUUCACCCAACGAAUCACAGUCGUCUUCAACUGUUGAAAGGCAAAAAUAUGAAUAUAUAACUGAAAAAUCGAAGGGUAAAAAUGUAAGGCGCCGACUGACCCUGAUAAAAAAGAAAACUAGCGUAAACGAAAUGUUUCUCAAUUUAAAAAAGCUUCUCGAAACUUUCCCCGCUCACCAGCACCGAUCAAACUGGCAAAGCAAUCAACUUAAAAGUCUUGUUCAGAACUUGCCAGUCAAUCAUUGCAUAUGCAUCCACGAUUAUUCGGAAAAUUAUCGUUGUGUCGAGAAAGAAGAAAUCCAAUCCAAUUACUUCCAAAGAACUGAAUGCAGCAUUCAUGUAACCGUCAUGCACCGACACGCCAUUUUAGAAUACGAUGGUGUAGACAGUACAGAAGAAUUUCCGGAAAUAAUUACGGAACAUUUUUUCGUAAUUUCCCCGGACCUGCAACAUGAUAAUGAUUUUACAAAAUAUGUCCAAAAGAAAGUUAAGGAAUAUUUAGAUUCAAUAUCAUACACAGUUGAUCAUAUGCAUGAAUUCACAGACGGUUGUUCUAGCCAAUAUAAAUCGCGGCACUGUUUAGGAAGUUUAUCUACUGCCAUCCCUGAUUUCGGAUAUAAAACAUUCCAUAAAAAUUUCUUUGAAACAAGCCAUGCAAAAGGGCCUCAAGAUGCCGCGGGGGGAUUUAUAAAAAGACAGGCGGACAUAUCUGUUCUACGUGGCAAUACAGUGAUUCAGAAUGCGAAGGAUUUAUUUACGUUCUGCGAAAGUAGCCUUAAAAAGCCAAGAAGUGCAUUAUUUAAAAGAAGGGUAUUUCGAUAUGUUGACUCAAUUGAUAGACACAAUUCCAAAAUAUUUAAGCCGAUCCAGCAAAAUAGACAAAUACAUCAUGUUUUUACUAGUACAUGUAAUGAAAUCAUUGUUUCCGAUCUCUCUUGUUACACGUGCGAUCAAUGCAUUUUGGGGAAUUAUCUUAACUGUUUAAAUGUAGAAAAUACCGGGGUAAAGAAAACUAUUAAGCCACGCGAAAUAACACAAACUUCUAACGAAGAAGAAGUAGCACAAGACACUGACAUUCUUUCAGAAGACAUAUCAGAUUUGGUAUCCAUAAACUCUGUUGUGGCUGUCAAAACCUACGAUGAUAACUUUGACUAUUAUUUAAUGAAAAUUUCCAAAGGUUCACACGUAUUGAAUUCAGCAGAGAGUGACAGCUGGGGUGCUACAUAUCCCCCUGGAUUCGAGGUUUUCCGGGGUCAUUAUUAUGACAAAAUCAGUGACAAUGAUCCGUUAAAAUAUAAACUUUUAAAGACAAAGACUGCUUUGGUACCGACGAAAUCUCUGCUAUACAUACUUGCUGAUGUAGAUGCCUCUUAUCGUAUAACUAUUUCAGAGGACACCCAUCUAGACAUUCUUUCUGUAUUGGACAAUUUGGAUUGA